AUGAAGUUCACCUGGGUAGCGCUCCUGCUACUAUCCACGGUCACAUCCCUGACCAUCCCUCAAAAGUCUACUGAUCUCAUCGAACGAGAUGUGGACUCCCUGAGCUUCCUGGACUCCGGGGAUUCUCAGGAUAUCUCAGAUAUUGCAACACUCGAAAAACGACGUGGCGGCGGUGGAGGCCGAGGUGGCGGCGGUGGUGGUUCAUCUGGAGGAAGCAGUGGAGGCCGCACUGGUUCUUCCUCGGGCUCCUCCGGUUCCUCAGGUUCCUCGGGCUCCGGUUCAAGUGGCAGCAGCGGAGGCCGCACCGGUUCUUCCGGUUCCAACGGAGGCAGUCGCAGUGGUUCAAGCAAUGUUGGUGGUACAACCAGUGGCGGCUCUGGCACUCGAGCAACCUACGGUGGUGGCAACUACUAUGCCGGCGGUGCACGAACUCCCUACAAGUCUGGGUCCCGAUCCCGGGGAGGCAUUGCCCCCUACGUGCUCGGAGGAGCCGCACUGGGUGUCUUUCCCGGUCUUUGGCUGUACAGCGCGUACGCCUACCCUUACAGCCAUCCCUACAGCUACUACAACCAAAAUGCCCACAAGAACGAGUCGCUUCCCGUUGUCUGUGUGUGCCAAGAGUACUCUGAGUGUGGCUGCGACAACAACAACAACAGCACCUACUACGAGUCUCUCUUCAACGGUACCGUGCCCAAAAACUCCAGUAUUGUGCGCGUGGCCGAUGUGAAUGGCACUCAGACCAUCUAUAUUAAUGGCACCUUGCCCAACGGUACCACUGCCGAUGACGGAAGCUCGACUAAUACCUCCUCGGCAUCCGGGCCUGUCACGAUGGUCCUGCAUGCCAGCGGGUACUGGGUGACCGUUGCCGUGGUGGUAGCCGCCGUCUGGGGAUUUUAA